UUAAGAAGCGUCCCUGUUCCCUCACUCUGAAACUCCGUUGGUUUAUUUUGGCGGUGAACCUGAAAAACCCUAACUCCGAUGGAGAAGAUAAGUGAUGAAUACAGUUCAGAAGAGGAAUGCAUGGCGGAUUAUAGGCGCGGAGGGUACCAUACAGUUGAAAUCGGAGACACAUUCAACAAUGGCCGCUACGUCGUGCACUCCAAACUCGGUUGGGGCCAUUUCUCCACCGUCUGGCUCGCUUCCGACACUCUCAAUUCGCGUUAUGUAGCCCUUAAAAUUCAGAAGAGUGCGCAGCACUACACUGAAGCUGCAAUGGAUGAAAUCAAGAUUCUCAAACAAAUAGCUGAGGGGGACUUGAAUGAUAAGAAAUGUGUUGUGAAGCUUUUGGAUCAUUUUAAGCAUUCAGGGCCUAAUGGCCAGCAUGUGUGUAUGGUUUUUGAAUUCCUGGGUGACAAUCUUCUCACCCUUAUCAAAUUUAGUGACUUUCACGGCCUUCCUCUCUCCAUGGUUAAAGAAAUCUGUUUUCAUAUUUUGGUGGGCUUGGAUUACUUGCAUCGUGAGCUUUCUAUCAUACACACUGAUUUGAAGCCGGAGAAUGUGUUGCUUCUGUCACUGAUAGAUCCAUCUAAAGAUCCUAGGAAAUCAGGUGCUCCAAUCAUCCUUCCAAACACUGAGGAUAUGGCUGUGUCUAAUAAUGAGACUAACCAAGACAAUAAAAUUUUGAAUGGAGAUCCGACAAAGAACCAGAAAAAGAAAAUGCAGAGAAAUGCCAAGGUAGCUCAAGGCUGUGUUGAGAUGGGAAGUUCAGAGGAAGCUGUGGAUUAUAAAGGACCUGGGCAAGAAGAUUGUGGCAAUACUGUGAAAUCAAUUGUGGAAUUUUUUGAAGAUAAACCUAAUGGUUCUCUGAUUAAAGAUGAAUCAACAGAGAAUUUUGAAAAAGAUGAUUCACAAGGAAGUCAAGGUCAUAGGAGAGGUAGCCGUUCCAUGAGAAAGAAGUUGCUGGGAGCUGUUGAUCGUAAGUGCAAGCUGGUUGAUUUUGGUAGUGCUUGUUGGACUUAUAAACAAUUCACAAAUGAUAUACAGACAAGGCAAUACAGGUGUCCUGAGGUUCUUCUUGGAUCUAAAUACUCUACCCCCGCAGAUUUAUGGUCCUUUGCUUGCAUUUGCUUUGAGCUUGUCACUGGUGAUGUUCUUUUUGAUCCUCACAGUGGUGACAACUAUGAUAGAGAUGAGGAUCACCUGGCAUUGAUGAUGGAGCUUCUUGGGGUGAUGCCUAGCAAGAUUGCACUAGGUGGCCGCUAUUCCCGAGAAUUUUUCAAUAGCCAAGGGGACUUGAGGCACAUCAGCAAGUUGCGAUUCUGGCCAAUGGAUAAGGUGCUGAUGGAGAAGUAUAAUUUCAGUGAGCAAGACACAAAUGACCUGGUUGACUUCCUUGUUCCAUUACUUGAUUUUGACCCAGAAAAGAGACCAACAGCUGCUCAGUGCCUUAGUCAUCGAUGGAUCAGUGCAGGUCCUCAGACUCGUGUGCCCUCCAUAACUACUGUGCAACCGGAUGCCAUCAAUGAGGAAUUGUCUGAAAGGAGGAAGAGGGAAAAGGCAGAGAAGGAGGCAGUGGAAAUUGAUUUGAUGAAUAUAGCCAUUAAAGGAACUCCAAAGCCUCUCAAAGACCCCCAACCUCUAAAGUCAAACAAAUAGAUACAAAUUGCCUUGUCUGGGUGGUAUAUGCAACCUGUUUUGUUUUCAUGGUUAAGUUUUGCUGGUCCUUCGAGCUUGAUAGAAUUGUUACAUGGGACAUUAUUAUAUGCAAUACAGGUCAGGCGUUGAGCUUAUGUCUUGGGAAGCUCUUCCUGGGCGAAGACAGUUGGAUUUCUGGUGUAUUGUUGAAACCUCACUUCUUUCACCUUUACUGGUAUUACAGGGGUAGCCUCAAAUUCAAUUUAUCAAGUUCGCUGAGUUAUGUAAACUUUAUGAUGCUUUUGGAGUGAUUGGAACUUCUCCCAAGAUUAGAGUUUUGUCUUUCAGAAAUACAAUUCGUUAUAGAGUGAUUGGAAAUUCUGAAUGACAAAACUCUAAUGUAGGGAGAAGUUCCCAUUUUGAAUGAGUUGAUCCCUGAUUUGUCUGCAUCAGACUUUGUUGCUUGUUGAGUUUAUUGGACAUUUUAACUUUGGUUACGGUUCAUUGUAUAUAAAGAGAGAUUGAAUAUUUUCCUGUGUUAGAA